AUGGUUGCAGGAAGAGAUGUGUGUAUUUUUUACUCAAAAACAAAUGGAUGCAGAUAUGGACUUGAGUGCACAAAGGCACAUCGGAUUCCUGCAAGAAGCAAGGUCGUUGUUGUAAAGAACAUGUAUUUGUAUCCUAAGAAUGAUCCAGAUUCUAAGUUGGACAACGAGGCGGUGCAGAUACAUCUUGAUCUUUUCUACGAAGAUUGGUUUUCUGAGGUGUCCAUGAAGUACGGGGCCGUUAGAAUGCUUGCAAUUGCUUCCAAUAGCUCUCUUCAGCUCUUAGGAAACAUUUACAUUGAGUUUGAGGACGAAAAGGCAUCUCUGAGGUGCAUAGAAGAUAUUGGAAAGAGAUACUACAGUGGAAAGAGGAUAGUUGUAGAGCUUGGGAACUGUUAUAGAAUAAGUGAUGGAGUAUGCACCGAUUAUGAGAAAGGCUUAUGCGGAAAAGGAGAACGGUGUGGAUUCAUACAUGUUGCAAAAGUGACUGAGAGCCUUAUGGAAGAGCUGUUUGCCUCGCAAGAGUUACUGUAUACGCAAAUGGACUCCAUGGGAAAAUGUAAGACGUCCGAUGGAGGAAAGGUUACGGGACAAGGAAAGCGGGCAGAAAGAUCUGUGGAAGAUGGAAACAAUAGUGGAGAUUAUCGUAUGAGUAGAAGAAGGCUAGGAGGUCAGGGGGACUGUAUCAAAAGAGUAAGGGAAGCGUCUAAUGGAAGCUUUGGGAGAUACGGGUGGAGUGAUAAGGACUCUAGAAGUAGAAUGUAUUACUACAGAAGAAAUUAA